AUGACGCGCAACUUUCGACUUGCUGUGUUGGAGUGUGAUACUCCCUUUCCUUCUGUCAACGCUUCGCGUGGCUCGUAUGGGAACAUCUUUCGGGACCUUCUUCUCAAGGGCCUCGACGGUCUGGGUGAGAAGGGAAGCGACGUGAGCCUUGAUCUGAGCAAAUGGGAUGUUGUCACGGCGCAGGAGUAUCCCAACGUCGAUGAUGUGGAUGGCUUCUUGUUGACUGGAAGCAAGUUCACUGCUUUCCACGAUGACCCUUGGAUCUUAAAGUUGGUCGACUUUGUCAGCAAGGUGUACACAACCACCAAGAAGCCUAUUGUUGGUAUCUGCUUUGGUCAUCAGAUUAUCGGUCGGGCGCUGGGCGCAAACGUUGGACUAAGCCCCGGAGGAUGGGAGAUUUGCGUUGACAGGAUCAACCUCAACGAGACCGGACAGAAGCUGCUGGGCGUUUCAUCACUCGGCCUGCAUCAAAUGCACCGAGACGCCGUCCUGGACGUCCCCAAGGGCCUCGUCAGCCUAGGCAGCAGCCCUCGAUGUGAGGUCCAAGGCCUCUACGAGCCAGGCCGCGUCAUUUCCUUCCAGGCACACCCCGAGUUUGACGACUUUAUCAUGUCGGAGAUUAUGGAGGCGAGGUACGAGCAAAAGAUCUUUGACAAGGACAUGUACGAGGAGGGCAUCACGAGAGCGCGGGCGGCGCACGAUGGAGUGCUUGUGUCUUCCAAGAUUUGGGAGUUUUUGCUGUGA